GAUCUGAGUGGCGCUAUUCCAGCGCGCUGCCAUGGCACAUUUUCUGGAUGUGACUCUGGAGAGCCACAAGGGGCGCGAAUUGAGCGAGUCACUUCUGGAGUUGUUCCCCAUCUCCUUAAGUUGUCUCCAGUUGCGUCCCAAGAGCCGUCCCUCGAGACCGGCCAGUGCCACCAGUACCGCAGCCUCGCCGAGACAACGGGAGCGAAGUGAAGAGGAAAAUGAGCUGCAGAUGAGACCACACCAGUGGUCGCCCUUACGAAGCUUGGACACGUCGCCCGACAUCUUCGCCGCGCUGGCGUCGCCGGAACUUCGAGCAAACCUAUGUAGCCUUCUCCUGCAGUCAUUGACACCCUUGGCAACACCGGCGGGCGCGAGCGCAGGCGCGACGAUGGCCUUUUGCCCGUUCCCUCUUUGUGGGAGCUUUGGUUCCGGCCUGGAAUGUGCGCCGCCUUUGCCGCCCUUGCCCGAGCUCUCCUUGCAAGCGUUGCAGCGAGGCCUUCUAGUGGCCACAUUCCUGCAAGGUUCCUUGGGUUUGCUGCGCAUUUGUUUGGGCGACUUCUUUAGCGGCUCCUACACCUUGCUACUGGCGACCCUGGGCUACAACUCGCGUCAUCCUGGACCGUCUUCCGCGUGGCUCAAGACUUAUGUGUUGAUUUCCUUCAUCAACGGCACCAUGGGGCACAUUGAUUUGAUGCAAAACACCCUGCUGCACAACUUCCCGGCGCUCCAGCUAUCUCUACCCCUCUCGGUGAACCUGAUGCACACGGUGCAGUUGCUUGUUCCUGGCUGUUCCUACUGCGGCGCGUAUUUCGGCUGGCAGCACUUGAAGGCACAGCGAAAGAUGAUGUUGGAGGCCUAUCAACGUGAAUGGAUGAUGAUGAUGGAACGCCCGCCCUGGCCGCCACCACCGCUGAUUCCCCUCCCGCAGCUGCCGGGAGGCCAGGGGGUGCAACUGCCACCCGGGCCCGCACCCAUCGCGGGGCCGAAGAAUGGUCCCAAUGAGCAAACUGCGGUCCAAUAGAUGAAGCUCUGGGUAGAAUGGGC